UCUUGUCACCCUUUGACCCGAAGCCCGAAGCUCCAUCACUUGCUGAUCCUACUCUGCCAAAAUUCUAACUCCAUUUUUCUUGAAUUCAUUACUUCAUUAGCUCAGAAUUUGAUCGCAGGAUGUAGGGAGCAUAUAAAGUGGAUUUUGCUGCUGAGAUCAACUUUGUUGAUGGAUUGAGCAGAGAUGCCUUUUAUCCUAUGAAUUUCGUGGUGCUUUUCCUGAUUGUUUAACUGUUUCUGGUCAACGUUCAAAGUGCACUAGAGAGUGAGAAUGCCCAUGAAUCGGCAUUGCCCCCGAAUUGACACUUACGAGUUGAAGCUUCGGAUUGAAAGGAAGAUUGGUCAACAGAGGGCUGAGAAGUAUUUUACUGUGUUAAGCAGAUACUUGAGUCUAAAGCUUAGCAAGUCAGAGUUUGAGAAAUUCUGCCUUUGUUUGUUGGGGAGAGAGAAUAUAUGCCUUCACAAUGCACUUACCCGAGCAAUUAUAAAAAAUGCUUGUGCUGCUAAGACACCUCCGACAAAAGAUUGCAAAAUGCAGGCUUCAUUACAUGUCAAAGUCUCAAAUGGAUAUCAAAGAGGCACUCUCCAGUCAAUGUGCCGGGACUCAUUUCCUCAAUCUCCGAAAAAGGGGAGAACUCCUGCCCUUCGUGAUCGAAGAUUCAAGGACCGGCCGAGUCAUCGGGGGCCUCAUGAGAAAACACAUUCUGCUGCUGCUUGUGAAGAUACUGCACCAAAAGCACAAGAGCAUCAAACUGCUACUGAGUUGAUAUCAUUGGGUAGCAUUUGGAGUAGAAGUCAUGUAACUGCUCCCCUUGGCAUCUCUCUGAGUAAUCAGGGAACAAGGAAAGUAGCAUGUCGCAGGUCAGCUCUUUUGCAAAGCAUAGAAACUUGUAAUAGCACUGGUGAUUUGCCUGACUCCAACUCCCUAAAGAAAUGGUUGGAACAGAAGUCGGAGGCAGAAGGCCUACAAAUAUCAACAGAUUCUGUAAAUGUGUUGCAUCAUGGGCUUGAUGCAUUUAUGAAGCGAUUAUUAAAGCCUUGUUUGGAAUUAGCAGGCUCAAGGUCACAAGACAAGUGCAUCCAUGACCAAGCUGUAUCAGUUUCAAAUAAAAUAAGGCCGAGAAGAUACAUUCAGAAACCAAGUGAUCUCUUUUCUGUUUCAAUGCUGGACUUUCGCUCUGCAAUGGAGUUGAAUCCCAGGAUACUAGGGGAAGAUUGGCCAAUACAGCUUGAGAAAGUUUCGUUGCAUGCAUAUGAAGAAUCAUUGAUUGAUUAGUGCAUUGAUAGCGGUAAGUCUGUGACGUCAAGUCCAUCUGAAAGUGACGAGUUGAGCUGUGCUUUUGAAAGGCGAUCAAACAGUGAUGCUAAUACAGUUUAAUACAAGCAUUGGUAAAGCUUCAACGUGGUUUAAAGCUACGCAAAAUUUUGGAUUAAGGUUAGGUUGUAUAUACUACAUCUUAGAUCUGAUUAUUUCUAAAUUGAGAGUUGUUAUUACCUCGUAAAGUAGCAAGAUAUCAAUACUUGUAAGAUUCUAGCCAUUACAGAUAAAGAGUUAAGUAGGCUUCUUUUAACUACUAUCUAUAAUCUUUCAUGUAACUGACUGUUGUCUGUUAAUAAAGCUUAAUUUGUUAGUA